UAAGUCAUGGCAGUCGGAUGGUUUUGACAAAUGCUGUCAUGCAAUCAGCACCUGCAACUCAUCCCUCCUUAUCAGAUACCAGCUUCCAGCCUGGUCCCUCUAUAACACAUGGCGUUGCGGAGAUAUCAAAUAUUGUUCGAAAUCCUUCAGAAGCAGUAAAUCGGCCUCUGAAAACAGUGAAAUUAGAUGGAGGAAAAAGCUGCUCGUCCUCAUUUGGGUUGAACAUGUCCAAUGUAAGUGGAUCCAGAACAUCACAAACAUUUGAUGUUGAUUUAGCACACAUUAAUCAAAUACCUAGAACAGAAGAGGUGCAAUAUACUGAAAAGCAGGUUUCCCAGCCACAACUGGCACCGGAUGUUGAGUCUGUUUUACUGCAGCUAGUGUUAAACCUAACACCAGAACAGUUGAGUUCAUUGCCACCCGAACAGCGCCAACAGGUCAUUCAACUCCAACAGGCACUUCGGCAAGAUCAGAUGCAGCUGCCAUCAUAGCAGGUAAGGCUUUCAGUACAACUUUUGUCAACAAUGUCAUCUUCCAUCUUUUUUUUAAGCUUUCUGGAAGAAGUGCUCUGUUGUGGGUUCUUUCAAAUUCCCAAUGCUUGUAAAAUUAUAAUUUAAUUCUUAGAUUCGAUUGCAAAUCUCAUCAUGUCACGUUUAUGACCUUUUAAGAAUACACAAAAGAACCAGUGAGA